AUGAAGUACAAUAUAGUUAUAAAGGAUUGUCGACCGAAUCUACCGAUCAAUGCCAAAAAGUCGUACAGAUUUGGCCAGAUUUCGGACAAUUGGAGAGAUAUUUACGCCUUUUUCAUCAAGAAGUUUGGGAACCAAGACUUUGUCAUAUGUCUCAACAACGACAACAAUACGCCCAUCGAUGACCUCAACUACAGUGAAGUGGUCACCGAUGGUAUGGAAUUCAUUAUCAAAGGAGCCCCUGCUGCCGCGCCCGGCAUUAUCAACCACGAGGUGAAUUUCACGCCACAUUAUCACACGCUUACACAGUCGGGAAUGUAUGAGUACUACUCCUCCCGAGGCAUCGAUUCGGUGGUGAUAGCGAUGGCAGAGCUCAUCGACAACUCGCUGUCGGCCCUCAUCGACAACUCGCUGUCGGCCGUGAAGGACAACAAAGGCCUUCGACUCAUUGAGAUCCGUCACUACGACAACGGCUCGGACUCUAUGGUCGUUAUUAUCGACAACGGGUGCGGAAUGAGUCGACACGACCUCACGAAUUGGGCUAAAUUCAAGUUCUCUAAGUUUGUUCGUCAAAGUGAGUCCACAGACGCCGAGGCUAUGAACACAUCGCUUGAUUCGGGUGUCUUCUCGUCGGCGGAUCUGCCCCUAAGUCAACACCAAAGUCCAUACAAAGGUCUGCCGGCGGACAAACAGAAGCCCCGGUUUCUGGACAGCGAUAUAAACUUCUUCGGCGCGGGAGGCAAACAGGCCAUCUUCAACAUAGGACAGGCCACUACUAUGAUUUCGAAGACUGCGUCCAGCAAUUCCAUCUGCGAACUGACGCUCUCUGUGUCCCGAUUUGAUGAGAAGUCAAAGACCAAUCCCGACGCCGUAUUUAAGGAACAGUUGUCUGAGAGGCCAAAAGGCUUGACAAGACCUCUGCCAGAGAACUCGAAAACCUCCGAUUACAUCGAAAAUUCCAUCAUUAAAGAGAUCGAAAACGAGUGGAACAGUUUCACCAUUUGUUGCAUUAAAGAAGUCUUUGAUAAACACUCGAAACAAUUUAAGAAAAAUAAAGAGCACAACAAUUAUUGGAUGAAAGGUUUGGCCCGAAUCUAUCACUACUACCUUCACGGCCCGAAAGGCAAUACUGGGGUCAAAGAGUCGGUUCCCAACGAUUGGAAACGCAUUGAUAUUAUGAUUAAGGGAUUUUCGGUGCACAAAACGGGAGACACAGUGCAGACGCAUCUCAUGCACAACACACAGUUGAAGAGCAUUGACGACGACUUUGAGUCACAAUUAGUUCGUUCGGCGAAAGACACGUUUGAGUUCGAAGUCGAACACUACGACAAGAAGGAUGCCAUCAUUGAGGGUAUCAUUCGUUACCAUCCCUACCAACACGACAAGGAAACGCUUCCAGUGCUCGACAUUAAUGAUGACUUGGGCGGCACCGCUUCCAUUGUCACAUCUGAUCUGUGCGAUGAAGACAUUGAUGGUUACGGUCAGAAACCGCGUGGUAAAUGGCGUGAAGUGUUUGAGUGCUUCUGGCACGGGAGGCUCAUUCCUCAGGACGGCAUCGACUUUGAGUGGAAUAAAUUCAAUCCAAAGUCAAGUCAUGUCGACAAAGAUAUGGAAGAAUCGUAUUACCGCCUGUCGGGCGCUCUGUUCACGAACUCUCACUAUCAGGUCUCGCAAAACAAGCAAAGUUUUAUGGAUUUGAGUCAAUUGAUGUCAAAAAAAGACUGCCUCACCUUCUUUAAGGUCGAGAAUGGACGUCGAGUUCGCGGCACUUUCGAGACACUCUUUAUGUCUUGGCUUAAGAAUUGUCACCUUAAGUAUGAUAAACAGGUCCAGUAUUUUGAUUAUCAAUAUGAUAUUCCACGCACUGAAGUGUCGACACUUAGAAAGUCGACUACAGGCGCGACAUUCUCUGUAUUUCAUCGGAUCGUAUGGAAGGACAAGGAGUGGAAAAAGAGCGACCAAAUUCUGACCAGAAAGACAAAGCCGGCCAAUAUUGUGGGAGUCAUCACCAAAUUCCUGGUUCCCGUCAAAUGCAGCGGCGAUUAUAUCGGAAGUCCGGGUUUUGUCGAAAUCUAUCAAAUCCCAGACCUGAUCUAUGGCAAGGAAUCGGACGCAUCCAAAAUAAUUAGCUUUAAACAAAUCAACGCCGACACCACGCCUGAAGAGAUAACGACCGAAUAUAACAAACUUUUUCAUCGAUUGCCGCACAAAAUGGAAAUCGGUUUUCCCAACGACUUUGCCGUACAUCCGGGCGAUGCUAUCGUCGCCGGAAGACCUAUCGGUGACAUUCAGAUCAAACUCAUUAACGCUAACGGAGAUUAUCUGACGACCGAUCGGAUACCACAAAAGGCAACGACCAAGAAGUUGCAAAUUCAGGCCGAUAUACUCAGAAUUGAGGGAACGGAAACAUCGGUGGAGUUAUCGUACCCCGAAUUCGCAGAAUUCACCAAGAACUGGCACUAUUGGUUCACUCAAAGCGAUGGUCUCCAAAAGACGGGUAAAUUUCGAUUAGUGUUUGCGUGUGUAAGCGAUGCUAAAAAGGAGAACGUGCAUGGCAAGUUUGCCAAUGGUGAAUCGUAUCCUUAUGAUGAAAGCAUUGAGUUCACAGUCAUCGCCGGCCCACCCAUUGAUUUCAAAGUGAACGAAACUGCUAUUAAGACAAUGAUUGGAAAGCCAUUUGAUUUGUCGCUCACACUAUACGACAAGUGUGACAAUGUGGUCACUCCUCACAUCAAUGCCCACAUUCCUAUUCUUAGUAUUCGUGGAUUUGUAGUGAAAUUUGAGAAACUUGUGGUAGCCGAUGAUGAGCUUGUCAUUAAAAAUAUUGUCAUUUCGGGAAAACUUACACAAAACCAAAAGAAACCUAUUUUGGACAUAAGUUUGCCAUCAUUUGAUCUGCCCGUCAAAAUAGAGGUUGAUUUGGAAUAUGGAAAUCCAUCCGAAAUAUGUUUGCUCUCCGACGGGAAUAUUGCGGUCAUUAAUGGAACGACACUUGAAUUGGGAGUUGUAUUGAAGGACUCGGGAGGAAAUGACGUGACUUUUGUAAAACAUUGUGUCGUUUACGCCAAAGUGUUUGAAAAGAAAGAGAGCACUAAAACUGGAGUCACUUCUGAGUUCACAUUAAUACCCAAACCAGACGAAGAGCCCAAUUGUUUGGCAAUCAAUCAUAAAAUUGAAAUCAAAGCGGGGACCGUUGACUUCAGUUUAAGACAAUUUGUACUUCGGUUUUAUCUCAAAUCCAAUCCAAACGUAUUUCUCGAGAAGGAUAUUGUGUUUAAGAAGAACUCCAAACCGACGUUUAUUCGCCUGUAUUUCACCAAUAGGUUGGAAGAGGGGUCCNAAUGUAUAGAUGGUCUCCAAAAGACCGGCAAAUUUCGAUUAGUGUUUGCGUGUGUAAGCGAUGCUAAAAAGGAGACCGUGCAUGGCAAGUUUGCCAAUGGUGACUCAUAUCCUAAGGAUGAAAGCAUCGAGUUCACUGUCAUCGCCGGCCCACCCAUUGAUUUCAAAGUGAACGAAACUACUGUUAAGACAAUGAUUGGAAAGCCUUUUGAUUUGUCGCUCACACUAUACGACAAGUGUGACAAUGUGGUCACUCCUCACAUCAAUGCCCACAUUCCUAUUCUUAGCAUUCGUGGAUUUGUAGUGAAAUUUGAGAAACUGGUGGUAGCCGAUGAUGAGCUUGUCAUUAAAAAUAUUGUCAUUUCGGGAAAACUUACACAAAACCAAAAGAAACCUAUUUUGGACAUAAGUUUGCCAUCAUUUGAACUGCCCGUCCAAAUAGAGAUUGAUUUGCAAUUUGGAAAUCCAUCGGAAAUAUGUUUGCUCUCCGACGGGAAUAUUGCGGUAAUAAAUGGAACGACACUUGAAUUGGGAGUUGUAUUGAAGGACUCGGGAGGAAAUGACGUGACUUUUGUGAAACAUUGUGUCGUUUACGCCAAAGUGUUUGAAAAGAAAGAGAGCACUAAAACUGCAGUCACUUCUGAGUUCACAUUAAUUCCCAAACCAGACGAAGAGCCCAAUUGUUUGGCAAUCAAUCAUAAAAUUGAAAUCAAAGCGGGAACCGUUGACUUCAGUUUAAGACAAUUUGUACUUCGGUUUUAUCUCAAAUCCAAUCCAAACGUAUUUCUCGAGAAGGAUAUUGUGUUUAAGAAGAACUCCAAACCGACGUUUAUUCGCCUGUAUUUCACCAAUAGGUUGGAAGAGGGGUCCGAAGCCAUUGAGAUUCCGGUCGAGAGUUUGAGACAAUUUCCGGCCGGUUCUACACUAUCUGGCGUUCACUUCAAAGCGUUUGGAUGCGAUGAAAGUGAAAUCGAUUUGCAUGACUACGAACACCAAACACUCAGUAUAUCACUGGAAGAGAAGCCGGCGGUCAUCAGACCCGAUGGAAUGCUUCCCAACAUUUGGGUCCAUACGGACGCCUCCGAGAAGAGGGUCUAUAAGUUGACGUGGAAACAGGCGAAGAAAGACAUUGACAUCGAGUUCUUCUUCCUAUUGCAACCGUACGCCGAUUCACCGCAACGAAUGGAAAUCAAGGCCGACAGCCAUCCAAAGGUGUUUCCAAUCGGACAAACCGUUUCCAAUGCGCUGCACAUCAAAGUUCUGGACGCCUAUAAUAAUCCGAUUCGAUCUAAAGAUAUUAUGGAUCGACUCGUUAUUAAACCCGUUUCUCAGCUCAUAGUUCUCGAUGAAAGAUGUCUGAAAAAGGCUUUCGCCAGAACCGACAAUACGAGCGCAGAGGGGCAUCAGAUUGAGCCCAGAGUUUCGUUCGUUAUCUCCAAUAUAAGACUAUUGCCGAACACAACGAUUACAUCUAACGAAUCACGUAUUGGUGCUCAUAAACUGUCGUUUGCCAUCAGACAUAUAGAUGAUAUGAUUCAAGAGCUCGACAUUGAUGUAGUGAACGGAACGCCGCAUUCACUCGUAUGGGUCGAGUCACGAGAUAACAGGAGUUGUUUGUCUCUAACAAAUAAUAAACGCUUUCGAUUCGAAGUACAAGUUUUGGAUGAGUUUAAGAAUCCAGUGGUGAACACAAAACUGGAGAUUAAGUUGACGUUAGUGUCGAGUAUUAAUCAAAUGGAAUUCACAGCGGAGACCGAUUCGGACGGUGUGGCCGUGUUUUCUCGUGUAUUGAAUUACAAACCCGACGCUGUUGUACAACAAUGUCAACCACCGGCAGGAGUGGCGCCCAUUCCCUCGGCAUCCCAUUCGCAGUGCUUUGGAUUUACGCGUGCCUUCGCCACCGCUAAACACAUCCGAAAGGCUCUGCGUUCUGAAGACCAAUGGAUUCACGUUAGCAGUGAUAAUAAGAAUACCACAAAAAGUCCGCACAAACACGGAGACGAGUAUUACGAUAAGACUCAGAACAAAAUUUUAAAGAGUUUGCGAGAUUUGGGAGAAAACUUGACCGGUUUGGACGAUGAAAUCAAUAUUGACCAGAGAUUAGAUGUCUGUAAGAAGUCAUUAACUGCAUUGAGAGCACGAGAUGCGAGUCGAACGGUCCGUGGAGUCGAUGUGCCGAAGGCUCCCAAUAGAAACGGAGUGAUCGGACGGAUCGCACACUUGGCGUACGUCGACGACAAUGAUUUGGCCAAAAGUAUUUCGUGGUUUCUCCGCGAUUUCAUGUCUUGUAUCGUCACUAAGACUACAGAAUCGGCGCAAAGACUUUGCAACACUUCGGUUGAAGUUCAACAGACGCUUUCAUUGGAUUGUAUUCAAAAACCAUUGACAGUACUUCCAGCGUAUUUAAAAGCAGCUAAAGAUUAUCUCAAAUAUAACGAAAAGUCUGAUAAUUUGAAUAAAGUAUUUGAUGCCCUUUUGGGAGACACUAUAAUCAUGGAAGACUUUGAGAAAGCAAAGAUAUAUAGACAUCAAGUCAUCCUUAGAAGCGCGAGGUGUCCGACAAUCAUAACUAAAACUGGAAUCCUAUACGAGUCGGGAAUCAUUGAUAGGCAGACAACUGCGGGCGAUAUCGUUAUGUUUCAGUCGCCACCGGAUCCAGAGUUGAUAAAAACUGGGAAAAUCGUACGACUUUUGCAACGAUUAGUCGCUAAUCUCCACAGGAAUUUUGAAGGGUCCAUGGCUUCAGAAGAGUCGGGUUCUGAGACAGACUCCGGUCCGCCGGCGCCCAAAAGGCAAAGGACUUAA